UUCUCAUCCUAACAUUCAGUGGAGGGAUACCCUUAUACAGAAUACAAGUAUGCCAAGGUACACAGUACAUGUCAGAGGGGAAUGGCUUGCUGUGCCCUGCCAAACUGGCACAAACACAGUGAGGUGGCUGGGAAAAGAAGCCGUUAGGCGUUAUAUGAAAAACAAGCCUGAUAAUGGAGGAUUUGCUUCUGUGGAAGAAGUUGAAUUUUACGUCCGUCGUUGCAAAGGCCUUGGAUUGCUGGAUCAUGAUGAUACUUUGGAGGUUGCCCUCGAGGACAAUGAAUUUGUGGAAGUUGUAAUUCAAGGAGAUGUAAUGUCUCCAGACUUCAUUCCAUCACAGCCAGAAGGAGCCUAUUUAUAUAGUAAAUAUCGAGAACCAGUCCAGUAUAUUUCUUUAGAUGGAAACUGUUUGACUACCGAGGAUUUGGUCAAUUUAGGAAAGGGGCUCUACAAGAUCAAGCUUACGCCUGAGGCUGAAGCUAAAGUCAGAGCAUCAAGAGAUGUCAUUGAAAGCAUCAUAAAAGAACAGAGAGUUGUCUAUGGAAUCAGCACAGGCUUUGGAAACUUUGCAAAAAUAUUUAUUCCCAACAAUAAGCUAGAGGAGCUUCAAGUGAAUUUAAUUCGGUCACAUUCUGCAGGUGUUGGGAAGCCUUUGAUCCCAGAGAGAGCUCGGAUGCUUCUAGCUCUAAGGAUCAAUGUCCUAGCAAAAGGAUACAGUGGGAUUUCACUAGAAACUCUUCAGCAAGCAAUUGAAAUGUUUAAUGUAUCCUGCCUUCCCUACAUUCCUGAGCAAGGCACUGUUGGAGCCAGUGGAGACUUAGCCCCACUUUCCCAUCUUGCUCUGGGGCUCAUUGGAGAAGGAAAGAUGUGGUCGCCAAAGAGUGGAUGGGCUGAUGCAAAAUAUGUGCUGGAAGCUCAUGGACUGAAACCUGUCACCUUGAAGGCAAAGGAGGGUCUGGCUCUUAACAAUGGGACACAAAUGAUUACUUCUCUAGGAUGUGAAGCUGUUGAAAGGGCCAGUGCAAUUGCCAGACAAGCAGAUGUCGUGGCAGCACUCACACUUGAAGUUCUGAAGGGCACAACAAGAGCCUUUGAUUCUGAUAUUCAUUCAUUGCGGCCACAUCGUGGACAGAUUGAAGUGGCUUUUCGAUUCAGGGCCCUUCUAAACUCGGAUCACCAUCCUUCUGAAAUAGCGGAAUCUCAUCGAUUUUGUAAGAAAGUACAGGAUGCAUAUACAUUGCGUUGCUGUCCCCAGGUCCAUGGUAUCGUCAAUGACACAAUAGCUUUUGUAAAAGACAUAAUCACAACAGAAAUUAAUAGCGCAACAGACAAUCCUAUGGUUUUUGCUGAGAGGAAGGAAACAAUUUCUGGAGGAAACUUCCAUGGAGAAUACCCUGCCAAGGCCCUAGACUAUCUUGCCAUUGGUGUCCAUGAACUUGCUGCAAUCAGCGAAAGGAGAAUUGAACGACUCUGCAAUGAAGACCUCAGUGGGUUGCAAGCAUUUUUAGUUGCAGAUGGAGGUUUGAACUCUGGGUUUAUGAUUGCACACUGCACUGCAGCAUCGCUGGUAUCUGAGAACAAAGCCUUGUGCCACCCCUCUUCUGUGGAUUCUCUUUCAACCAGUGCUGCUCAAGAAGAUCAUGUAUCCAUGGGAGGAUGGGCAGCAAGAAAAGCACUCAAAGUUAUUGAGCAUGUUGAACAAGUGUUGGCCAUAGAACUCCUUGCAGCUUGCCAGGGCAUUGAGUUUCUACGCCCCCUGAGAACAACAACCCCAUUGGAGAAAGUCUAUGACCUUGUGCGCUCUGUGGUCAGGCCUUGGAUAAAAGAUCGGUUCAUGGCCCCAGACAUUGAGGCAGCACACAGAUUGCUUGUGGAUCAGAAGGUUUGGCAAGUAGCUGAACCAUACAUCGAGAAAUACAGAAUAGAACACAUUCCUGAGUUCAGACCACCUUCCCCCACUGCUUUUUGCUUUGCAGUAUCUGAAAGCACUUCAGACCACCACGACCACCAUUACAAGGAGACAGAGACAUAUGCGGAAUAAUGAACAGAACUUUAGUAACUGUGUGUGCACACACAGAACCUCAGAACUUUAGUAUUGAGUGCGUGUACUGUAGUUUUAAAGUCCCUUUACUUUGUCCUUUAGAAUAAGAGAACUGAUUCCAUUUCAGGAUAUAUGUAUAGUAUUGAGAAUAUACAUUGGAAAAGUUUGAAUAUGUCACCAAAGGUUAACUCUGGAAAAAAGAUUUGAUGGAAGUUUAUUUUUGCCUAUAGCAUGAAGAGACUGGAUGGAAGAAAACAAGCAUGUGUGGAUAUAAUUCAUUUUACAACUGUCAAGUUAGUCACAUGAAUAUCGAUUGAAAUUUAGCCAAAUAAAAUUAGUUGAUCUCUAAUACUUUAGAAACUAAAUAAAUCUGAAUCUGCAAUCUUUACAGAGGCUCUAGCACCAGUCUUCUAAAUACAUUUCUGAAAGUGUUACUUGAUUCUUUUUAAUGAACUCAAAUUCUAGGAUUCUAAAUAAUUUAUACUAGAAGGAGAAGGUCUGGGGAAUGGGUUCUGCAGGAGCAGAAGUUAGUGCACAAUCUGGUUGUGUCAAGUAAGCAGGUUGCAGAGCUUCUUUGCAAGGAAGACCCUGACAAGGAGAUGCUCUGGACUCUCAUGUAUUCCUUCCUCUCUCUCAUCUCCUUUUUAUUCCUGUACUGAUGCCUGAAUAUGUGGCUUGGAAACACACACCCAUCCACACAACAGGAAGAGAACACUCCAAAAACAAGACAAGGAGCACUGAUGUGGACACCUAGGGCUUGUGGCUCCUCAUCAGACCUGGAGCUUUCCCAGACAGGCAGAAAGUGCCUGCCUGUCCCAAUGGACAGCAACUUCCGAAAGUUAAGCUGUUUUAAACACACAACCAAAGUGCUUCUUUUUUAGAACGCAUAAAAUGCGCACUAACGGUGACUUGUCAGAAGCAACGCUGAAACUUGCCAGAGGCUGUGUGAACCUUCUGUUGCUGUCCUGACUCCACCACCACCACCACCACCACCACCAUCCCACCUAAAUGUUGUGAAGCUGCAUUCAAUCUGUUUGGAAAAGCUCCUGGAAGCAGGGGUUAGCAUUAUUGGACAGCUGCUGAGGGCCAAGAACCCUCAGAAGGGCCACUACUGAUCCCUCUUAAUGUCCACGGCCUUUGUGUGAUGGUGGCAGAGUGACUUUCUCUUGGCGCCUACACAGGUUGCAGGGAGCCUGUGUCUGCAAAAUUGAUAGCUUUUACUGAAGUGUGACUAAAUUUGAUGCCAUCUGCUGUUUUAGAGGAGAGAGAUCGGAAUAAGCUGUACCUUGAGCAUACCUGCCCCUGUGUCCAAAGGUCUAAUAAAUAUUAUGCAGUGCCCAGUGUACAAGAGAGAAAGGGAAUCGCAUCUAGGGCUUAGAUUGUCAGCCAUUUAUGCAGUGAUUUGUUUGCUACGUGGACAAGAAAAAUAUGUAACUGCAGAAACUAACCACUGCAGAUAUAAAAUGACUAAGGGAACUUUCUGAAAAAUAUUCAUCAUAUUGUGGGGAUUCUGAAUUUUAAGUUAUAGUUUCUUACAUUUUAUUUGAGCCUGUGUGACAUUUUACUUGUAUUUUGUAUAAUUUGUGUUUGUAUUACUGGUUUGCUACGGUUAGAUAACAAAUAAAAUCUGAGUUUAUACCAUU